CAGCACUUCCUCGUCGCCACCCCCACUCCCACCCCCACCCCCGGAGCCAGAGGAGUCCUCUGAAGCCAGAUCCUGGCCUAGGCCGCUACCUCGUCCCUGGGGUACGGGGCCGGACGCAGAGCGUGGGACGUUGUCCUCCAGGGCCCUCAUCCUUAGCCAGGCGGGCACCACGGCAGGGGCUGAGCCACCCUCAUGGAAGGGAGAGGACCAUACCGGAUCUACGACCCUGGGGGCAGCAUGCCUCCGGGAGAGGUGUCCACAGCUUUUGAGCGCCUAGUGGAGGAGAAUUCCCGACUAAAGGAAAAAAUGCAAGGGAUAAAGAUGUUAGGGGAGCUUUUGGAAGAGUCCCAGAUGGAAGCAUCCAGGCUGCGGCAGAAGGCAGAGGAGCUAGUCAAGGACAGUGAGCUGCUCCCACCGCCGUCUCCCUCGUUCGCCUCCUUCGACCACCUGCUUGAGCUCACAGGAAAGGAUGCAAAUGCCCCAGCACCCCCCACUGACCCUGCACUCCCCAGCAACACGCCAGAGCCAGUCCAAAAACCUCCGUCCAGUGGCACUUCCUCCGAAUUUGAAGUGGUCCCCACCGAGGAGCAGAAUUCUCCGCCAGAGAGCAGCGGCCACGCCAAAAACGCGAUGGAGCUGGGCCCCCUGCCGCACGAGGACAGCAACCUGAUGCUGCACCUGCAACGCUUGGAGACCACCCUGAGCGUGUGUGCGGAGGAGCCGGACCACAGCCAGCUCUUCACCCACCUGGGCCGCAUGGCCCUCGAGUUCAAUCGGCUGGCCUCCAAGGUGCACAAGAAUGAGCAGCGCACCUCCAUCCUGCAGACUCUGUGUGAGCAGCUUCGGAAAGAGAAUGAGGCGCUGAAGGCCAAGCUGGACAAGGGCCUGGAACAGCGGGAUCAGGCUGCCGAGAGGCUGCGGGAAGAAAACAUGGAGCUCAAGAAAUUGUUGAUGAGCAGCAGCAAAGAGGGUGCCUGUGGGCGACCAGGCUCACCAAAGAUGGAAGGUGCGGGCAAGAAGGGCGUGGCCGGACAGCCGCAGGCUAGUGUGAUAGCAGGUAAGAUGCCAGAAGUGGGAGCCUUGGGUGCAGCUGAGAAGAAGGUGAAGAUACUGGAGCAGCAGCGCACUGAGCUGCUUGAAGUGAACAAGCAAUGGGACCAGCAUUUCCGGUCCAUGAAGCAACAGUACGAGCAGAAGAUCACUGAGUUGCGCCAGAAGCUGGCAGACAUGCAGAAGCAGGUGUCUGACCUAGAGGCUGAGCGGGAGCAGAAGCAGCGUGACUUUGACCGCAAGCUCCUCCUGGCCAAGUCCAAGAUUGAAACAGAGGAGACCGACAAGGAGCGACUGGCGGAAGAGACCAAGGAACUGCUCCAGAAGGUCAAGCACCUGCAGGAUCAGCUGAGCCCACUGACCCGGCAGCGGGAUUACCAGGAAAAGGAGAUCCAGCGGCUCAACAAGGCCCUGGAGGAAGCACUCAGCAUCCAGGCCUCCCCAUCGUCUCCACCAACAGCUUUUGGGAGCCCGGAAGGAGCUGGAGGCCUCCUAAGGAAACAGGAGCUGGUCACGCAGAACGAGUUGCUGAAACAGCAGGUCAAGAUCUUUGAGGAGGACUUCCAGAGGGAGCGCAGCGAUCGAGAGCGCAUGAAUGAGGAGAAGGAAGAACUGAAGAAGCAGGUGGAGAAACUGCAGGCCCAGGUCGCCCUGUCGAAUGCCCAGCUAAAAGCAUUCAAAGAAGAGGAGAAGGCAAAAGAAGCUCUCAAACAGCAGAAGAGGAAAGCAAAGGCCUCUGCAGAGCGCUACCACAUGGAGCCCCACCCGGAGCACCUCUGUGGGGCCUACCCCUAUGCCUACCCACCCAUGCCGGCCAUGGUGCCACACCAUGGCUUUGAGGACUGGGCCCAGAUCCGCUACCCUCCACCUCCCAUGGGCAUGGAGCACCCAGCCCCAGUCCCCAACUCGCGCCUCUUCCAUCUGCCGGAAUACACCUGGCGGCCACCCUGUGGGGCGAGGCGCAAUCAGACCUCCCAAGUAAUGGACUCACCUACGGCCAGACCUGCAGAACCAGACUCCACCAGAAACGACCGCGAGGGGCCUCAGUGAGACCAGAUUAUGUCACGGCUCCACCUUCGUCUUGCAGAGCCCACUGACCUCAGAGUAUUGAAAAACUAGAGGCCAUGUGCUCUGUGUGGCCAGAGCCUCAGCCAGACAGGAAGCUGAGAUGGGUGACCAACUUGUGCACCAGCCUCAACCUGAACUGUUUACAGAUGGGAGGCUCCACCCAGGUUUCCAUCCGCCCCCAUCUUUGGAGUGACCAGGAAGAAGUUACUAUCCUGCCACCUAGUGGAGAGAGGCCUCAUCCUGCUUUGACCUGUUGUCCUUUGUGCAAUCAACCGGAAGGCGUCAAUCUCAAGAGUGGGGUGCAGCUGAGACCCCUUUCUCUCAACACUUCCCCAGAAGUGGUUCCAGUCCCUCUGGGGACCACAUUCAAUUCAUAUGUAUAUUUAAGUUUGCUUCAAGCUCUGUAGUAGCAGGGCCUGCCUCGUGCCCAUCCCUUCCCCUCCGAGAGGAGCUGUGGCAAGAGGUUUGCCUCCAGGAGCAGAAGAGAACGGCGGGAUGUUCUGCGGGGCCCUCCACCUCUGCCCACGGCAGCCUUGCUAGCGUCACCACAGCCUGGGAAAAAGGCCACGCCGGCCACAUUUACUAAGGGGCCCCAGCCGAAGCUGCCAGGCUCUAGGCCUCACCACCACUGGAGGCUUGUGGUGCUGGAGGCCCAGAUUGGGGUGGCUGUCCGUCCCUGGGCAGCUCUUUGCAUGAAAUCUUGGACAUAAAUCUAACUGAAAGAUUCUGUAA